AUGGCGGAAACGCAGCACUUGUUGAUAGCGUCGUUACCAGAGGCACCAAGAAAACCAAAGUCGAAAGUACAGAAAGUGGCGAGGAAAGCAUUCAAAGGAACAGCUCAUCUCUCGAAUCUCCUCCCCACCGGUUCUGUAAUGGGUUUUCAAAUAAUGUGCCCUGUCCUAACCCAUCAGGGUCAGUGUCCAACCGUCGCUAGCCGCUGGCUCACCUGCUUUCUCGUCUUCGUCUGCGCCGUCUCUUGCUUCCUCCUUUCCUUCACCGACUCCUUUAGAGACCCACGCGGCAAGGUCAGGUACGGAUUAGCGACGCCUAGUGGUUUAAUGGUGAUGGAUGGAACGAUCACUCUAACUGAGGAAGAGAAGGAAAAAUAUAAGCUAAGGUUUAUUGAUUUCUUGCAUGCAAUCAUGUCAAUGCUCGUCUUCUUUGCAAUCUCCAUGUUCGAUCAGAACGUGAUCCGUUGCUUGUUCCCUGUUCCUUCCGAAGACACCAAGGAGCUCCUCACUGGUUUGCCUUUCAUCAUCGGCGUUGUUUGCGGCGGCUUCUUCCUCGUGUUCCCCACGCGCCGUCACGGCAUUGGAUCUCCCCUUACCAAAGAAUAGUUUCAUUAUCUCUAAACAGAGGAAAAGAAUAAAAGACAGAACACUUUUGUAGUAAACACACAAAAAACAUUUUUUUAACUUUCAAAUUUUGUUUCUAGAGGACAUGUAAUAACCAAAUCUUGUAAGAACUAUCUUGAAAAAAU